CAGGCCAUUGCUCCCGCCCUUCCUCGUCACAGACAAACAGAUGGAAGACGCGGGACUAACCAGAGAACAGUAAUUCAUCGACCCAUUGUAUUCAAUUACCCUACUUACCUAACCUCGACACCUCGGCGGCCUGUCCGUUGCGGCUUGCUGCGCUGGUCCCUCUCAACUUAAGUUCUCUACUCUAAGUACCUAUCUAGGCUGGGUCAAACUGGAGCCCGUCCGGCUCGGCUCUCCAGUCACGUUCUUCGACCUGCCUCAGGUGCUGCUCCGUCCUUUCCACACUUUCCAUCCUCCGACACUUUGUUCAAGACUGGAACCCGCACGCUCCUUUUUGGCAGCGAGCCGUGACUGUCUUUUUUCCACCAAGUCUGCGCACCGGGUCUGUCCGUCCAACUUCACCACCCACCCACCCACCCACCCAGCUCACCCACAAACCCAUCACAUCGUCGUCGCCGACACGCCCCUCCGCAUCCGUUGACGCCCUCAUCGACGACGGAGAACGAGUCAUCCACACCCCGUAUGCAGUGGCGGUAAGAGAGGUCAACCAUUACAGAGACCACCACGUCUUUCAUCGCACACACGCACGCACGCACGCACGCACGCACGCACGCCCGGCUGGCUGCUCUCGCCUUCCGUUCUUGCUCUCCAUUGCCGACCGCGCUUUUCCUUUCAACCUCUUUUCUUCUGCCUGCUGCUGCUUGGUUUCUGGCCUUGGUCCUUCGCUCGCGCUUUCGCCCUCCGCCGCCCGCGCCGACAACUGAGUUCCCGGUCCGCUCCCUCCAGCGCCUCACCUCAUGCCGGUUGCCACCUCUCCCUCCGCUGUGCCUCGUCCUACCACCGUCAAGAUGGAGGACAGGAAGAGACCCGCCGCCAACGCGGACGACGUUGCCCCUCCUAGCAAGCGACAGGCUGUCAACGGCACCAGCAAGUCCAAGGACGACUCCAACGAUUCAAGGGAAGAGGCUUGGAUUGAGCACGCCCGGCUCCCAGGAUUCCCUCUUCAUCAUGCAAUGCCUUGACCCUGCCUACUCCCAAAUACCACGCUCCUUGACUCGCCCACGGUGAAUAUCAAAAAGGUGCCAUUUACCGGCAGAUGCUCGAGUACAAGCGGUCAAAGGUCGACCUAGAACACCGUCUACAAGAAGCCGAGAAAAGCGCGGCUUUUCACGAUGAUCAUUUGCGGGUUAUCAAGUACUGGCUAUCGCAGUUGACUCAAGAGCUAGAGUUGAUUGUCGAAGGGUCCCUCAAAUCCAUAGCCCUCAAGCCCGUAGACUCCAAUUGGGUAUCGAGCCUCGCCUUUAAGGACAGCAAGGAAUUCCGCCAACAUUUGGACGACAUCAAGAAACCCGUCAUUCUCAAGGUCGAGUCGCUACUCAACAAGCUCGCCAGUUCCCGGGGCGAGGUCAAGCCCGAUGUGGCGCAAUUGGAAGCACAGGUGAAGUCUUUGCUGGCAAAUCAAAAGGAACUAGCAGUGAAAAUCGACAGACUCCAGGCCGAAAAUGCGACGCUCUCCGAACAAUAUGAUACCGCGACGCUCAAAGUGAUCAAGGCGGAACGGAAGCUCGAUAGGGUUAGAAGUGCCCAAGUCCAAAAAUUGGAACAGCAGGCACUGGCCAACUCGACAACGCGACAAACCACAAAUGACGAAAAUGGCACAAGUUCAAUUGCGGAAAACGGCGACGGCGCCGAGUACAAGACCAAAUACAAGGAAGCCAUUGCCGUGGCCAACAAGCAAAAAGAACAGAUUGAAUCUCUUCUUGCCGAAAUCAAGACCUUGCAAGAAGAAAAUGCCAGUUUCAAGAUCAAGAAGGAGGGCAUUUCCGAGGAAGAUUAUGCCCGGACCGACGUAUUCAAGCAGUUCAAGGCUCAAAACGAGGAUCUCAUCAAGCGCAUCAACAACCUGGAGGCCGUCAACAAGCAGUUCCGGGAAGACGCCGAGAAGCUGCGGGCCGAACGAACAUCGUACCGUGCCACCCUGGAACAAGAAGCCCAGGCUCUCACGUCAGACCUGGAGGACCAGAUACAACAAAAGGACCAGGAUCUCACUAGGAUCCGCUCCGCAAGGGAUGAACUUCUUGCUGAACUUGCAAUGCGCAAGGCAAGCCAGGAACAGGAAAAGACAGCAUCCGCUCACCUGAAUGAGCUUGUUGAGGCCAUGACAGAUCGCGUAACCCAACUAGAAUCCGAACUUGAGAGGUUAAGACCAACGGAAGAUGUAGCCAAGGCCGCCCCGACGGAUGAUUUAAGCACUCUCUCGGCUGAAGAGCUCCGUGAGAAGUUUGCCAAGUUGGAGCGGGAUUACGAGGCGAUCAACAAGGAGCUUCCAGCACUCGAGAAGUCAUAUAGGAAGGCUAUGGGUAUCGCCCAUAAGAAGGUGAUGGAUUUCACUGCUCUGGAGGAGCGGGUUGCUAUUCUCACAGCGGAAAAGAGCAAAGCAGACCAGAAGUACUUUGCGGCGCGCAAAGACAUGGACAUUCGGAUAGCCGAGAUACGGACAUUGCGCGGACAGAACAGCAAGAGCUCCGAGAUCAUUUCUCAGCUUAAGGAUGUCGAGACACAGCACCGAGCACUCAUCACCACUUUGGAGAAGCAGAUUGCGGAUCUGAAGCAGUCCAACAUAACUAUUGUGACGGAGAGCAAGAAGCUGGAAUCCUUGAGUUCCGAGGCCACUCGGCGGGCAGAUUCGGUAAAGUCGCAGAUUGAAAACCUGCAAAAUCUUGUGAAAUCCAAGGACACGGCAGGCAGGGAACUGAAGGAGAAGGCGAUAGACAAGGAGCAAGAGGCGGAGAAGCUCAAGGUGCGCCUCGACAAAGUUAGCUCGGAACGCGACAAGUGGAAGACAAAGUGCCAGUCCAACUCGACUGAGGAGGAGGAAAUGCUGAGGAACUUGGUCCUUUGUUCCGUAUGCAGGAGCAACUUCAAGAACACGAUACUCAAGGGAUGCGGGCAUGUAUUCUGCAACGAGUGUGUCGAUAACCGACUGGCGAACCGGAUGCGAAAAUGCCCAAGCUGCAACAAGGCGUUCGAUCGAUCUGACGCCAUGCCUGCUCAUUUGUAAUGGGAUGAUUUGGUGGGAGGGGUUCGGCAGAGAAGGGUCAGCAAAUGGCUCCGUAAACGGCAACGUUAAGAGGAGGAAGGUAUAUUUGAUAAUGUCAGAUUUUUGGAGUAUUACCAAGCUAUUAUCGAUCGGUACGCUCUACCCGAACACUUUACAACGGAAAAGUUUAUAUGGGGUCCGAGGAGCUCGGAUGAUAUUAUUUUGACAACCGGUUUCUGUCGAGAGAAACGUUCGGAGAUGGGUUGAAGGACAAAUUUCGGACAGGAGGAACUCAGACAACAUGGGCCGCGUUCGCAACAUGAGGCUGGUGGACCCUGGGCGACGUCCUCAACAGCCAUCCAUCCACAACCAGCUCUCCAUGCCUCGACCAAGGAUCUUAAGCUAUUUGGAACGAAGGGUGUGUCAUGUUAGGUACUGGAAUAGAAGGAAAGAAGUACAUCCAAUAAAUGGUUUUAUCGGCGUCUUGGGGGGUAGCGAUCAGCAUCCAAUUGCUUUGAUGUACAACAACACUAUGGGAUCAUGGACGUGACGGGGAUGGCGUCUAUAUGUGAUACCGAACGGGAUGGGAUGGGGUGAAAUGGAAUGGAAUGGAGACGGAACAUGAAAGCCAUUUAAACUCUGAUUUGUUUUUCAGAGCAAGCCUUUGUAUAAUUUCCAAAGAAUCAUUAUACGCUCGCGCAAACAUUAUGUCGUUACCCUUUCUGCAUCGUGUAUGUAUGUAUUUGGUUUGUGG